AUGGAUUGUCCGAAAACAACACUGUACGCGACUCACUGUUGUCGGGACUUCACUAAGAACAGCAAUCUCAGUUGCCAUGUUUCGCCGUGUGUCGGACAUUUUUGCGAAGCCGAUAACGAAUGCGGAGGACUAUGUUGUACUUUAAACGAAUGUACGAAAUGUGCCAAGUGUGUCUCCAGUAGCGAUUGUGGUAGGGGACAGUUUUGCUGCGGCAAGAAAACGAAGCAACAGGGUCAAUGUCGCAGUAAUUGUCUUGGCUUUUUGUGUCGUGUUGACGAACAAUGUUCCAGCCCAGGGCUAUGUUGUAUUUCUAAAACAUGUGCGCAAACUGGAUGCGAAGACGCACAUUCUAACAUCAUCGUCGGCGUGUUUGCGAGCACCCUAGCAGGAUGUGUUAUGUCGUUCGUGCUUGUCUUCGUUAUCAUAUUCAAAAUGAAAAAGAAGUCCAGACGACGUCUGGCGGUCGUUCCGAUAAGUUUGGAAAUGAACGCGACGUCGACAGUGUUAACCAUGCCAACGACAUACCCGUGUACCAACAGUUCCAAUCGUAAAAAUCGCACCACUUCGUCGUCUCAGAAAGAAUAA